AUGAGCAUUGAUAUGGAAAAAACCGAUGUCCCUGCCCCUACCUCUCCCUUUGCUCCCCCUGCCUCUACGCUCAAGGAGCGCAUCAAAGCAAGGAUAAUCUCCUGGGGCCAUGACCUUGACGCCCAUCUCAGGGAUUUCUUCCACGUGUCAGGAGGCCCAUACUACUAUCAAGUCGCGAAACAAGAGAAGGUCAAACGCAACGGCAAGAAAAAGAAGCUCCGUAAGAAGAACCCCGGAAGCAAAUACAUCUUCAUCAACGGCGUCCCCUACCCAAAGCCCAGCGCCUACUACCCUGCUCCACGCCUCCCCUCCAUCUCACCAAUCUCAACAAUCUCAAUCACCUCCGUCACCUCUGUGCAAACCCAACUAACCAUCACACAGGCUUGCACCACGAGUUCCGCAAGCAAAAAAAGGCUGAGGCUAAGCUUCGAGGUGAACGCUACGUACAGCCUAAGCAUCCGUACCGUACCUACAGGGCUUUGA